AUGGCUUUCAAGUACCACGAUGACGGUUCGUUAAGUCCGUUGCCAUCGGCGGCGAGCCACUCAAUCCCACAGGAUGCUUCCGUCAUGUUCUCGGAUUCUCCGCCAACGACGCAGGUCUUUAUCGGGUUCCUGCAGACAGGCGCAAACACGUUCAAAAAGGACUUUUAUAACCUCAAACUGACCGAUCGUGAGUAUCGCGUGCUGUACGAAGCGGCCAAGUGCAUUCAGAAGUCGUACAAGGGGCGCAAGAGUCGCAUUACGGAGCAGGACAAGGUGCGAUCGGCGGCCGUCGUCGUCCAGAACUACUACCGGCGGUAUAAACAGCACGCGUACUAACGCCAGAUGUCCAAGGCGGCCGUCAAAAAAGUCCCAAACCGGUGGAGGUCACUAGGCUGUCACGUAUGGCGUGAGCGGCGCAGUGGACAGUUUUUCGGAGGGGCGUCCAGGUCGACGGAGCGUUACUGCAAGAAGCAGCAUUCGCCUCAGCAGCAGCAUCACAUGAACAAUCAGGAUGGUUCCUCGAAGGAACCGAGCCCGUCGAAACCGUUUUGGUGAGUGGUGCAGGACUUCAUGUAGGUUGUAUGAGACUUAGGGGAUCUUUUUUUGCUAACGAACUUAUUUGCAGCGAACUCAGAAUCAAGCCGCAAGGAAAAUUUAAUAAUUUAUUAUGAGACAAUCGAUUAAU